CGGCGGCCAGGGCCGGCGGGGAGGCUGGGGUCACCUGAGCCGGAGCCCGCUCCUAGGCGGGGGCGUCCGGCACCACCUCAGUGAAGCCACGGCACAGGACAGGGCGAUGCCGCACAGCCACCAGCCGCAGCACCGGAAUCAAUACGGAGCUUGAGGCCGCCGCGCCCGGAAGGAGGCGCGCCGUCCGCCCUGGGGGGCUGUGGGAGGUGGGCCCUCGGGAGGGAGCCUGUCCGAGGUGCGUCCUGCACUCGGAAGAAGCCAACAUAGACACUAUUCAAGUACACUACAGCAGGAACGGGAAACGGACCACCUCCCCUGUCACUGACAACUGCUUUUUGACAUUCAGAAACACGCACACCGUAAUUAAAGUAGCCAGGCAGACACACCACUGCUCACCACCACUGGAGUCCCUGACCUGACAGGGAUGUGGAGCAUCUUUUCAUAUGCUUAACAGGAUGGGCAGGACUAUGCCAGUGAUACGUCAGAGAGUGGCAUGCUGUUUCGCCUGGGUGAUCUGCUCUUCUACACUAUUGCCGAGGGACAGGAACGAAUCCCUAUCCACAAGUUCACAACUGCACUGAAGGCCACCGGACUGCAGACGUCAGACCCACGGCUUCGAGACUGCAUGAGCCAGAUGCACCACAUGGUCCAAGAGUCCAGCAGUGGUGGCCUCUUGGAUCGAGAUCUCUUCCGAAAGUGUGUGAGCAGCAACAUUGUACUCCUGACCCAGGCAUUCCGGAAGAAGUUUGUCAUUCCUGAUUUUGAGGAGUUCACAGGCCACGUGGAUCGCAUCUUUGAGGAUGCCAAAGAGCUCACUGGAGGCAAAGUGGCAGCCUACAUCCCUCAGCUGGCCAAGUCAAAUCCAGAGCUGUGGGGUGUCUCCCUGUGCACUGUGGAUGGUCAGCGGCACUCUGUGGGCCACACAAAGGUCCCCUUCUGCCUGCAGUCCUGUGUGAAGCCCCUCACCUAUGCCAUCUCCAUAAGCACCCUAGGCACUGACUACGUGCACAAGUUUGUGGGCAAGGAGCCCAGUGGCCUCCGCUACAACAAACUCUCCCUCAAUGAGGAAGGAAUCCCCCAUAACCCUAUGGUCAAUGCUGGUGCCAUUGUCGUGAGCUCUCUCAUCAAGAUGGACUGUAACAAAGCAGAGAAGUUUGAUUUUGUGUUGCAAUACCUGAACAAAAUGGCUGGGAAUGAAUACAUGGGUUUCAGCAAUGCCACAUUCCAGUCAGAGAAGGAGACAGGGGAUCGGAAUUAUGCCAUUGGUUAUUACCUGAAGGAAAAGAAGUGCUUUCCUAAGGGGGUAGACAUGAUGGCUGCCCUUGAUCUCUACUUCCAGCUGUGCUCCGUGGAGGUGACCUGUGAAUCAGGUAGUGUCAUGGCAGCCACCCUGGCCAAUGGAGGGAUCUGCCCCAUCACAGGCGAGAGUGUGCUGAGUGCCGAAGCAGUGCGCAACACCCUCAGCCUCAUGCACUCCUGUGGCAUGUACGACUUCUCGGGCCAGUUUGCCUUCCACUGCAUCCUCAGUUUUCACUUUGUCCUUAAGGUGGGCCUGCCAGCCAAGUCGGCUGUGUCAGGAGCCAUCCUCCUGGUGGUACCCAAUGUCAUGGGAAUGAUGUGUCUGUCACCUCCACUGGACAAGCUAGGGAACAGCCAUAGGGGCAUCAGCUUCUGCCAGAAGUUGGUGUCUCUCUUCAAUUUUCACAACUAUGACAACCUGAGGCACUGUGCUCGGAAGUUAGACCCACGGCGUGAAGGGGAAGAAGUUCGGAACAAGACUGUGGUCAAUCUGUUAUUUGCUGCCUAUAGUGGAGAUGUCUCGGCCCUUCGAAGGUUUGCCCUAUCAGCCAUGGACAUGGAACAGAAAGACUAUGACUCCCGCACAGCCCUGCAUGUGGCUGCAGCUGAAGGACACAUCGAAGUUGUUAAAUUCCUGAUUGAGGCUUGCAAAGUGAACCCUUUUGUCAAGGAUAGGUGGGGCAACAUUCCCCUGGAUGAUGCUGUGCAGUUCAACCACCUGGAAGUGGAGAAACUGCUUCAAGAUUACCAGGACUCCUACACACCAUCUGAGACUCAGGCCGAGGCAGUGGCUGAGGCCCUGUCCAAAGAGAACCUAGAGAGCAUGGUGUAAGCGUGCAGUGCGCAGGCCCUGCUCAAGGAAAAGCAUGAGUUGGCUCCACACUUACCCCAAAACCACCAGACAUGCUACAGACUCACACUGUGUCAGCGAGGACCAAAACUUAAGCCAGUGCUUUCUGUGAGAGUCAAAACCCCAUUCCUUGGCAGACAGGCUGCAGAAAAGUACCUUGGUGGACACUAGAGCUCUCUAUGGAGACUGUGGGGCUUCUUUGUGGUACAGCCUAUAAUGACUUGGCCCACUCAAAACUAUCCUAGGUCUUCACCUUAAAGAAACCAUCAUGAUAGAGACAGAUAUAUAUUCUGGUAAGGGGCUCUAGCCACCAUGCACAUGUGUGUAUCCACAGAGGAAAGAGGGCGACUAUGCGCUUAGCUUUAGUAGUCUCAUGAGAUCUGCCCCCUCAACCAGGAAUUGCUGCUACUGUGAACAGCAAUUUUAUAGACAAAGAAAGUAUUUUGUGUGCAAAUAAACUUUAAUUACAUAAAUUA